ACUCACAUGGAAGAAGCAGGAGGCGCCGCUGGCACCAUCCGGAUCGUCUCGCGGCGAAUGGUCCGGCCGUCGAACGGGGACGCGCCGCCGCGGGAGGACAUCCACCUAACGCCAUGGGACCUCCGCUUACUCAGCGUAGACUACAUCCAGAAGGGCGUCCUCCUGCCCGUGCCUCCCGCCGGCGGCGACCGCCUCGUCGGCACCCUCGCGUCGUCCUUGGCGCGCGCCCUGGGCAGGUACUACCACUUGGCCGGCCGUCUCGCCGUCGACGAGCGCGGCGACGGGACCGUCACUGUCAGGCUGCGCUGCACCGGGGAAGGCGCCGAGCUGGUCCAUGCGACGGCGGCCGGCGUCGCGGUCGCGGACCUCACCGGCUCGGUGUACACCCCGUCGUCGCUGGUCUGGGCCUUGUUCCCGCUGAACGGGGUGCUUGGCGCGGACGCGGCCGUCGAUUCGCUCCCCGUGCUGUCGGCGCAGGUCACCGAGCUCGCAGACGGCGUCUUCAUCGGCGUGUCGCUGAACCACUCCGUCGGCGACGGCUUCGUCUUCUGGGAGUUCUUCAACACCUGGUCGGAGAUCAACCGAGGAGGAGGAGGCUGCAACCCAAGCGAGAUCUCCGCGCGGGUGCAGAGGAGGUGGUUCAUCGACGCCAGCCGCGUGCCGAUCCCCUUGCCGUCCAGCAAGCUGCAGCAGGUCGUCCGGCGAUUCGAGCCCCCGACGGUACAAGAGUGCCUCUUUACCUUCUCCGGCGCAAGCGUCAGGGAGCUCAAGGCGAGGGCGAACGAGGAGAUGGUCGGCACGGCCACCGCCACCAUCUCCUCCCUCCAGGCCCUGCUCGCGCACCUGUGGCGGGGGGUGUCCCGAGCUCGGCGCCUCCCGCCGGGGCAGGAGACGACCUACUCUCUGGCUAUCGGGUGCAGAGGGCGCGUGUGCGGCAUACCGCCGGGAUACAUGGGUAACGCGCUAGUGCCCGGCACGGCGAGCUGCACCGUCGGCGAGAUCCUGGACAGGGGGCUGGGCUGGACGGCGUGGCAGCUCAACCGCGCCGUGGCGUCGUUCGACGAGGCGGCGAUGAGGGAGUGGCUGGAGAGCUGGACCAGGGAGCCGCAGUUCCGGUACUUUGGGAGCCUCAUGUCCGGAGGCGCGGCGCUGAUGACCGGGAGCUCGCCGCGGUUCAACGUGUUUGGGAACGACUUCGGGUGGGGGAAGCCGACCGCCGUGCGUAGCGGCCGCGAGGGGAAAACAGAUGGAAAGGCGACAGUGUACCAAGGGCCGGAGCAGGGAGGGAGCAUGUCGCUGGAGCUGUGCAUCGCGCCGGACGCGAUGAAGAGGCUCGUCGCCGACGACGAGUUCAUGGACGCUGUCGUGAGGGUAACCGGAUCCUCUAACGUGAAAGAGCAAAGUCAGGCUGCUACAGUGUUGAGGUAG